UUUCACUCACUCGUCCAUCUCAUAAUCGUCAAAUCGUUUUCUUCUCUUCCCUAUAUUUUUAUAGACAUUCUUCUCUCUGUAGUCGUCAAACUCCUUGACACUCUAUUACCAUGUCCUCCCGUCCCAUCCUUUCUACCGACCUCUCUGCCCCCACUUAACUCUUCCCUGUCCUGCUGCCUCCAAGUUUACCUUCUUUCUUCCCACCACUUUCACCUCCACUCCACCUCAUCCGACACGACACCCCUCACCCCAGCUCCACCAAUGCCCUGUCGAACCAACUCCCGCAAACCGCUCAAAUCUAACCGCCGCACUCCGGGCCUACAGAUCACAAACCCCCAAUCCGCCCUGCUCUCCAACCACGAAGUCCUGCUCCACCUACAGGAGCAAGAGGCAGAGUACACGGGCACCGACGGCACCGGCAGGAAGCGCGAGAAACCCGCAGGCCUGAAAGACUGUCUGAGAGAUACACUCGAAUACCUCUCCGCCCACGACCACAACUGCACCCUCGCCUCCCCGACCCAGAAACACCCCUCGCGCCCAACGACCCUGUACAAAGGCCCGCAUUCCCUCUUCCGCGCCCUCGCGCCCCACUACCGCCUCAACAAGGCCGAGUUCCUGCAGCUCUACAAUCUCCGGCCCACGACUGAGGUCGAGUUGCAGGUUGUGCUGGAGGAGUACCACACCCGCUUCACCGACGCCCAACUCGCGCACAUGCUCGAAGUGAUCCGCCAAGUCUUCGAGGAGGACGAAUCCAGCAUCCCCGAUGGUGUCGAGGACCUGCACAUGGAGAAGGUGGCGAAUAAGCUCGAGGGAGCGGGCGCCACUAGGAGGGUGAAGAGGAGGGCUGUCUAAGUUGUAAUCAAAGGGAGCAGUCAUUGUAGGAGUUUUGCUGUGUGUCGGGAGAAAUAGAUUAAAGAUGACGGGAAACGUUGCAUGUCAUUGCCUGUGGUAAUACUUGAGGGCGGAAAAGCGACAUGUCGUGUUUGAUCAUGCAGAAGUUAGUGUCAAGCAUUACAUUCCUAUCACCGAGACUUCCCAUACAACGUAUUUUG